GCGGUCCGCCGCCGAGGGACGACGCCUCCCACGCGGACCAAGAGGGCGACCGGCCGCCGCCCGGCCUCCGUGGCCGCGCCAUCGGCCUCUGGUACAGGGACAGGGCCAUCAGGAGCGGACGCGGCGGCCGUGGCGGCCGUAAGGAUAAACACUGUCAGCUCUUGACGUCUGACCCGGAGCGGGAGACGCGGAUCCGCUCCGUGCUGGACCGGGCCGGCCACCGACCGCCGGCCGCCCCGCCGGCUGCGGACUGGGUCGGAGUCGGGCCGGAGCCGACGCUGAAGCCAGAGCCGGCGCUGAAGCCAGAGCCGGAGCUGAAGCCAGAGCCGGCGCUGAAGUCGGAGCCGGAGCCGGCCGCCGUCCGGCCGGCACUGCCCUCCUUCCUGGACGUGUACGGCGACGAGGGCGGCGACGGCGACCCACGCCUGCUUGCGCCGCUGGAGGAGCCGGAGGAGAUGGAGGAUGCUGACGCGGCGCCGGAGGACGCUGACGGCAGCCGGUCUCCCGCGGUUCCUGAGGCUGCGGAGGGCGGGGCGGUCGGUGCGUCUCGAGAUGGGGUGGGGGAGGAUAGGUCUGAGGUGGCCGGCACUGGAUUGGAUAUGAUGAGAGGGUUGAGGCGGGAACCUGCCGAGAUGGUAGACGAUGCGCCUGGUUUGACGGAACGGGUGGGAUUUGUGCCCUCCUGAGACAGCGGACAGCGGCACCGGGGUGGUGGAGAGAGUGAAGCAGCAACCUGCUGGGGUGGCUGGCGCCGGUUUCGUGGCGGUAAAGACCGAGCGGGGAACGGUGGAGGAUGAGCGCGAGCCGGAGGAGGACUGUGAGAUGGUGGCCGACGAGCAGACGGGACCCCCAGAGGACCCCGCCGUCGGCCGACUGGAUCCCAGCCUGGCCGACAAGUACCGGCACCUCACCAACUGCAGCUUCAAGCAAGAGUUCCUGGCCAACCUCCUGGGCAACCAGGACCGCGACUGGGACAACCUCAGCUACGACCCGGAGCGGGACGGGCUUCGGCGCGUGCCGGAGAUAGACCGCGAGCUGCUGGAGCAGAGCGGCCGCGCCGGACCGCUGGACGCCUUCCGGCGCGCGCUGCCAGCCUUCCAGCAGCGCGAGCAUAUCCUGCAGCUGGUGGCCGAGAAUCAGGUCGUGGUCAUCAGUGGCGAGACAGGCUGUGGCAAGACCACCCAGGUGGUGCAGUACCUGCUGGAGGAGGCGGCGGCGGCCGGGCGCGGCUCGCUCUGCCACGUGGUCUGCACGCAGCCGCGCCGCAUCUCGGCCGUAACGGUGGCCGAGCGCGUGGCCCGCGAGCGCGGCACCAGCGCCAGCGCCUCUGGCGGCGGACAAGUGGGCUACGCCAUUCGACUCGACCACCGCCACCCGCGGCCGCACGGCUCCGUGCUGUUCUGCACCACCGGCGUGCUGCUGCAGCGGCUGCAGACGGAUCCGGUGCUGGCGCGCGUCUCUCACCUGGUGGUGGACGAGGUUCACGAGCGCGACUCGCUCGCAGACUUCCUCGUCACAAUCGUCAAGGGCCUGCUGCCGGUGCGGCCCGAUCUCAAGGUCAUACUCAUGAGCGCCACCAUCAACUCGGCCGAGUUCUCGGCCUACUUCGCCGACUGCCCGACGGCCCACAUCCCUGGCCGGGCGUUCCCCGUGCACGCGCUCUACCUGGAGGACGUGCUGCAGCUGACCGGGUUCCAGUUUCCGCCGAGAGAUGGCGCUCAGGGCGGCCGUCGCCCGUGGCGGCGGAGGUUUCCUGACCAGGCGGAGCGGGAGAUGGAGUUCCGACAGAUCAUCGACCCCUACACCAGGCAGCUGGCGGCGGAGGGCCGCUACAGUCCGGCGGCGCUCUCCGCCCUGGCGCACCCCGACUCGGAGCAGUUCGAGCCGGAGCUGUACGUGGCGCUGCUGCGUCACAUCUGCCGCCACGAGCCGGAGCAAGGCGCCGUGCUCGUCUUUCUCUCCGGCUGGGACGAGAUCGGCAAGGUGCACAAGGCGUUGAGCGGCGACCCCGUGCUCGGAGACGGUGAGUCCGAGCGCUUCCUGAUCCUGCCGCUGCACUCGAUGAUGCCGACGAUCGAGCAGCGUGAGGUGUUCGAGCGCCCGCCGCCCGGCCGGCGCAAGAUCAUCAUCGCCACCAACAUCGCCGAGACGUCCAUCACCAUCGACGACGUGGUGUUCGUCAUCGACGGCGGCAAGGUCAAGAUGAAGAACGUCGACAAGAACACUGGCUGCAUGACGCUGAUGCCGGAGUGGGUGAGCAAGGCUAACUCCCGGCAGCGCCGCGGCAGAGCUGGACGGGUGCAGCCGGGCAAGUGUUACCACCUGUACUCGCGGGCGCGCGAGGCCACGCUGCCCGACUACCCGGUGCCGGAGAUCCUGCGCACGCGGCUGGAGGAGCUCUGCCUCCAGAUCAAGAUCCUGCGGCUGGGCGCCGUGGCGCCCUUCCUCGAGCGCGCCAUGGACAAGCCGUCGGCCACCGCCGUCGAUCUCUCGCUGCAAAUGCUGCGCCGCCUGCGGGCGCUGGACGAGCGGGAGCACCUGACGCCGCUGGGCUUCCACCUGGCCAAGCUGCCGCUGGACCCGCAGACGGGCAAGAUGCUCAUCAUGGCGGCCAUGUUCUCGUGCCUGGACCCGAUCCUGACGGUGGCCGCCUGCCUCAGCUUCAAGGAGCCGUUCGUCGUGCCGCUGGGCUCGGAGCAGCAAGCCGAUUUGGCGCGCCACCGCCUCUCCGAGGGUCUGCUCAGCGACCACAUGACCAUGGUGAAUGCCUUCAACCUGUGGACGGCGGCGCGCGACCGACCGACGUUCGCGCGGCGCAACUUCCUCUCUGGCAGCACGCUCGAGAUGAUCAGGGCCACGCGGCAACAGUUCCUGGAGCACCUGCACAAGCUGCGGUUCGUCAGCAACACCCAGGCCCGUGAGCCGGCCCUCAACGAGAACUCGUACAACCUGGGCGUGAUCCGGGCGGUGAUCAGCGCCGGCCUCUACCCCAACGUCCUGUACGCCAGGAAGACGCGGUCUCGCGUGCUGUGCUCGUCGCCCGAGGGACGAGUCAGCCUGCACCCCAAGUGCGUCAUCAGCAGGGCGCCCAGCCUGCCCGGCCACUGGCUCGUCUACAAGCUCAAGAUCAAGAGUGCCAGCGUGACGGUCCACGACUGCUCGCUGGUGUCGCCGUACCAGCUGCUGCUGUUCGGCGAGCGUCUGGACCUGCUGGAGCCGGAGACGACCGACGAGCUGCCCCUCAUCGCGGCCGACGCUUUCGUCCGCUUCAGGUGCCCCCGGCAGACGGCCCGGCUGAUCCAGGGGCUGCGCUCAGAGCUGGACACCAUCAUCGGGCUUCGGCUGUCCGACCCCAAGCAGACAGACUGGGCCAAGCCUUCGCACGAGACGGAC